UAGAUGCAGAGCAGCAGAGAGAAGCAUGUUGAGGCCUAACUACAUUUCCAUCUAAACUGAUCAAUAAACACGUUACUGUGAGAGCGACACCAAAGUCCUCUGCACUCGUCUGUCUCCUGUUGGCUCGUUUCAUUGUUUGACAUCACGGUAAGCAUCCAGAACACAUGGAGCAACAUAGAGCCUUAAAAUGUUAUGAGGUGACAAAAUUAUGAAGUUUGAAUGGAAGCAAUUCUUCAAGUAAUGUGGAGCUGCUGCUGAAAAACAACACGGACUGCACUGAAUCACAUCCGUCUGAGAAUUAUACACUCAAGGCUCUCACUGACUGCAGCCAGAUCUACAGCUGCUAUGGAUCUGGAUGUGCUGAACUUAUUUGCCAUUGCUAUGGGGACCCUGGCUGUUCCCAUUCUGCUCUUCAUGGCAUCUUUUAUGCUGUGGCCUUCAUCUCUCAUCAAAGUGUAUUACUGGUACUGGAGGCGAACCCUGGGCCUGCAGGUGUGCUAUGCGGAAUGUGGAGGAUAUCGUUUCUGUUACUCUUACAGAGGAAAGCCAGGCUUCAGGCCCUCAAUUCUCAUGCUUCAUGACUUCUCCGCACACAAAGACACAUGGCUCUCUAUGGUUAAGUACCUUCCCAAACAUCUGCACCUCCUGUGUGUGGAUAUGCCAGGACAUGAGGGCACAACACGCACCAACGUAGAAGACUACUCUAUCCAGGGCCAGGUUAAGAGAAUAAGACAGUUUGUAGAGACUGUUCAUCUCAACAGGAAGCCAUUCCACUUGGUGGGCAUGUCAAUGGGUGGAAACGUUGCAGGAGUGUAUGCAGCCUGCUACCCCUCAGACCUCUGCAGUAUGACGCUCAUCUGUCCAGCUGGUCUAAGGUACCCUUGCAAGACCAAGUUUGAUGACCAAAUGCAUGAGCUGGAGAUCAGUGAAUACACGCUGAGCAUUCCUUUAAUCCCAUCAACCCCAGAGGAAAUGGAGGACAUGCUAAAGCUCUGCUCACAUGUACGCUUUAGAGUCCCUCAACAGAUUCUUCAGGGACUGGUGGAUGUACGAAUUCCACACAAUGACUUUUAUCAUGAAGUAUUCAUGGAGAUUAUGGGGGAGAACUCUAAAUAUGCCUUGCAUGAACAUCUGCACCUGAUCACCACUCCUUUACAAGUCAUCUGGGGAAAGCAGGACCAGGUAGUGGACGUUUCUGGGGCAGGUGUGCUGGCUGAGGCUGUGCCAGGCUGCCGUGUGGACCUGCUGGAGAACUGCGGUCAUUCUGUAGUGAUGGAGCGGCCAAAGCGCACAGCCAAGCUCGUCUUAGACUUUAUCAUCUCUCAUCAGAGUGCAGCGAGUGCCAACAGCAAAAAGAAAUUCUGAAUAAAAAUCGGAAUAUUUGCUAAAUGCUGUACGAACUACAGGAUGAGUCAAAACAAAUCCUCUUUUAUAUCACAAAUGAAAUAUAGAAGCCAUGUUCCAGACAUAACCUGAAAGAUUGCCCCCCUUCCCCCUUACUGGCUGGGGUAUUUAGAUAUGUAAUUUUCCCUUUUGUUUCAUUUACCUUUUGUUUCUGAAAUAAAAGAUAAAAGGGUGUCCUGUGGCCUUUGACUCACAGACUUUAUUAGUAUGGAUGUGUUCUAGGCUAGACGGACAGAAUUUAGAAAUUUAUGAAUAAUGAAUAAAUCGAAAUAUUUGACAAACUAAAGAUGUGCAUGUGCCUCAAUUGCUUAGGGUACACCAAUGCCAGAAAAAUGUGUAAUCUUGACAUACCUCAGCAGUUACACUGUGUAGCCAAAAGUACAAGGACACUUAAAUCACAUAUAAAUGGGCUUAUUGGACUAUGUUUAUUAAUAUAUAAGUGAACAGCUAUUUGUGUUUAUUAAAGAUUCCACUUUUACAAACA